AUGGUUGUUGUAAACUUACAUACAGCUAAAGCGAAGGUUGCUCCACUUAAAAGACAAACUGUUCAAAGACUUGAACUCUUGGGUUGUUCAAUGUUAAGUAAACUGAUAAGUUCUGUAAAGAAUGCAAUUAAUGGUGUUCUUCAUAUUGAAAAAGUUCACUAUUGGAGUGAAUCAAAAAUUUGUUUAUCGUGGAUUCAUGAAGUAAAUAAGGAAUGGAAAUGUUGGGUAGAAAACCGUGUUAAUUCAAUACGAAGUUUAUCUAAUAUUGAUGAUUGGCAUUUUGUUUCUGGAACUAAAGGAUCCCGGGGAAUGGACUACAAAAUGCAAUACGAGGAUGAGUUAACAAACAUUUCUAUCGAUUCAGAACUAAAAAAACAAAAGCUUAACUUAAAUGGAAUGGUUGAUGUCAAAAACAUGUUUCAUCAAUCUGAAGUUAAUACUGUUUUUAGUAAGCUGGAAAAUACCACUGUGGUGAAGAGUGUAUCAAUUGAAACAAUUGUGAACUUACAUGAGAUAUUAACAAUAGAUGAUUACAGUUCAAUGAACAAGCUUUUAUUAUUAACAUCAUACGUGAUACGAAUUAUAAAUAAUUUCUUAUACCGAAGAAAAGGAAACAAAGGUACAGGUUACAGUAACAAGUUACAGUUGCAUGCUGAGCUUAUAUAUUUGUCAAUCCUUGAAUUUUAUUUGAACGAUAGCGAUGGUGUUUUACGAUUACAUGGACAUUUUCCUAAUGUACUUGUUGAACUUGGUAUCAAGCAUCCAAUCUAUCUUCAGACAGAUUCUAUGUUUACAAAAUUAUUAAUAUUAAGAGCACAUGAAAAAACAGACCAUGCUGGAAUUAACAGUACCUUAAUUGAAAUCCGAUCAAAGUAUUGGUUUGCUUGA